UUGCGACGGAAGGAUUCGUAGUAAUUGCCAUUUGUUCGAGUUACCCAUAGGGCGUUCGUGUGCACUUUCUUCUCCCUUCCUCUCACUUCCCUUCCGCGAUGCCCAUGUAUCAGGUAAAGCCGUAUCACGCGGUGAAUGGAUCGCUGUGUGUAGAACUCCCCACCUGCAUGUACCGGGUCCCUAAUAUACACGGCAAGAACCGAGGCUCGGCCUUCAGCGUGGGCCCGGCGGGGCACGUGCAGGAAGAGGCUGACCCAUCUCUUCAGGCUCUUGAGUCCCGCCAGGAAGAGAUCUUAAAACGUUUGUAUGAAUUGAAAACUGCUGUUGAUGGACUCUCCAAGAUGAUACAAACACCAGAUGCAGACUUUGAUAUGACAAACAUGAUCCAAGCCAGUGAACGUAUUUUAACUACAAGUGCAGUAGACUUGGAUUCAAUGCUUGGGAAGGAUUAUGGAGCAUUGAAAGAUAUAGUAAUCAAUGCAAACCCAAUUCUACCUCCGCUUUCAUUGUUGGUGCUACACAGCUUCCUUUGUGAACACUACAAGAUAUUAUCAACUGUUCAUGUGCAUUCGUCUGUAAAGAAUGUUCCUGAAAAUCUUUUGAAGUGUUUUGGAGAACAAUCUAAGAAACAGUCACGUCAUGAAUACCAACUGGGCUUUACUUUAAUUUGGAAGGAUGUACCAAAGCCCCAGAUGAAGUUCAGUAUUCAAACAAUGUGUCCUAUCGAAGGUGAAGGAAACAUUGCUCGGUUUUUGUUUUCACUGUUUGGCCAGAAAUAUAAUGCUGUCAGCCUAACACUUAUAGAUAGUUGGAUAGAUAUAGCUCUUUUUCAGUUGAAAGAAGGAAGUAGUAAAGAAAAAGCAGCUGUCUUGCGCUCUAUGAACUCUGCUCUUGGCAGAAGUCCCUGGCUGGUAGGAAAUGAAUUCACUGCAGCAGACAUUGUAGCUUGGUGUGCACUUCAGCAAUCAGGUAGUGCUAAUUCUGUUCCAGCCAACGUUCAAAAGUGGAUGAAAUCAUGUGAAAACUUGGCCUCUAUGAAUGCUGCCUUGAAAUUCUUGAAGUGAAUUUUUAGAAUUAAAAGUACCAUGACUAAAAA